CCGGCUAUCAAUUCGGGGAGCGUAUCAUCGUUGCGCCUUGUCAUGGAUGGCCAGCGGGGCCAGCGCUAUCUUAUAUACUUUCCAUGGGCACUUGCUUUCAACUACUUGUUUCAAUGUCCAUCUCGUAACCGUCCGUCGCUGUCGGUAUUUUCUUUUUCGCUGGCGUAAGCAAGAGUCCUCCUGUCGACCCCAUCCACGCGCCAAUUCCACAUCUCACAUGCCUCGGGACCAGUGAGCCGAGUCGCACACCCAUCGAAAAACCGCCGCCCGGCUUCGCAACCGCCAACCCGCCAAAAGUUCCUACACCGGUUCGAUUUCCUUACUCCUCGACUCCCGCAAAGACAAGACGCAUUCCCAGCACGAAUUGCCUAGAAGGAUCAAGGACGGUCGGCCCCGGGAAUACAAGCCCGUCGAGUGAAAAGGAGCCGCCCCUGCAGCGCCUUGCCUAACGCGAACCCCAAGAGAUGGCUGCGCAAGCAAAGUCGGCGCCGAUCGGGCCCUGGGGCCGGGCAACCGCCGGAGCCGCCGGAGCGGUCCUCGCCAACGCCCUGGUGUAUCCCCUCGACAUUGUCAAGACUCGCCUCCAGGUCCAAAGCAAACCGAAGCCCGGAGACGGCUCCCUCGCCGACGCCGAGAACCCGCACUACGCCUCCACGUGGGACGCCAUCACCAAGAUCGUGGACAAGGACGGCCUCGAGGGCCUGUACGCGGGCAUGAGCGGGGCGCUGAUCGGCGUGGCCUCGACCAACUUUGCCUACUUCUACUGGUACUCGAUCGUGCGGGCGCUCUACCAGCGCUCCGCCGGCGGCGCGCCGCCGUCGACGGCCGUGGAGCUGUCGCUGGGCGCCGCGGCCGGCGCCGUGGCGCAGCUGUGCACUAUCCCCGUGGCCGUCGUGACGACGCGCCAGCAGACGCAGAGCAAGGAGGAGCGCAGGGGCCUCGUCGAGACGGCGCGCGAGGUCGUCGCGAGCGAGGACGGUGUCUUUGGGCUCUGGAGGGGGCUCAAGGCCAGCCUGGUCCUCGUCGUGAACCCGGCCAUCACGUAUGGCGCCUACGAGCGGCUCAAGGUCGUCAUAUUCCCCGGCAAGACCAACCUGAAGCCCUGGGAGGCGUUCGUUCUGGGCGCCAUGUCCAAGUCCCUGGCAACGCUCGUCACACAGCCGCUUAUUGUCGCCAAGGUGGGUUUGCAGUCGAAGCCUCCCCCGGUCAGGAACGGCAAGCCGUUCAAGAGCUUUGUCGAGGUGAUGCGCUUCAUCGUCGACAAUGAAGGGCUCCUAGGCCUAUUCAAGGGAAUUGGCCCUCAACUUCUCAAGGGCCUUCUGGUCCAGGGCUUCCUCAUGAUGACCAAGGAAAGGGUGGAACUCAUGUUCAUUCUGUUCCUGCGCUAUCUGCGCGGUCUCCGGUCGGCACAGCUGGCCAAAGCGAAGGAGCUGGCGGCAACAGCCAGCACAGCAGCCGCUAGCAAAGUGUCGCCCAUCGUCGUGAAAUAGCGGCGCCAUGGGUUUGGGUAAGCGUGCAGACUAGAGAGGUGUCUGGUCUUGGUUUUCUUUUCUUUGUGGUUUAAUCUGUGCAUCUUCUCUGUCCACAUAAGCUAGAGAGCGAGUAGAUCAUUUGGCGCAUACAAUCUAGUACAUCGUAAAAUGCAUAUCUCGCUAGGCGAGAAUCUGCAGUCGUUUGAAAAGGAACUUCUCCA